GGUUUUUAUGCAAAGAGUUGCAUACUGGGUCUACUGCAUUCGCUGCUCGAACUGACCAGAACGAUGGCGGCGGCGGCGGCAGGCGGCGGGUUCCCCGGCGACGUCCCCAUCAUCCACGCGGACAACCUCGUCAGCAACAUCAAAUCCAUAAACUACAGCCGGACAUUCUUGUCAAUCAUUAGUGGAGUUGUUGCUGGAAUCUGGGGAUUUACAGGCUUGAUGGGAUUUGUGUUCUACUUUCUUGUGAUGAUGGUUGCAUCUCUUGGGCUUUUGGUGAAGGCCAAAUUUUCGGUUCAUACCUACUUUGACAGUUGGAACAGGAUUAUAAUUGAGGGAGUUCUUGGAGGCCUUAUGUCCUUCGUGUUGUUUUGGUCAUUCGCCUAUGACAUUGUCCACAUCUUCUGAUGGACGAGACCAAGAACUCUCUGGAGAACCGAGGAACUAUAUGGGAUCCCUCUUUGUAUGAGACAGAAUUAAUAUGUAACGGCAUCAACCUGGGGAACUAUGUCCAGUAGACUAUGGUCCUCUAUUGUUCUCUUUUGCUGUACCAGUCACAGACCCUGUAAUUUAGAAAGCUUCUACUCUGGUUCGCAGACUGAUGUAGCUCCUAUCAGCAGUCGUGUGCAAGCGCGGUGCUCGAUCUUUUCUGAACAAUGGUCAUGCACUCAUGCAAGGGAGUACUCAGAUUGUAACGAAAUGGGCAUUGUGCCUGCCCAGAUCGCUGGCCAGAACAUGUAGAAUAUGUAUUGAAAAGGGACUAUUGAAAAACCCUCGUUUUAUUUCCAGCA